AUGUCGGCAUCACCAUCAACACUCGCAGCGACUCCACAGGCCAACCAGAAGCGCCCUCUCGAUGACGAAUCUUCUCCAUCCGGUCCCACAGAUCAGCCUGACGCAAAACGUCCUGCUCUCGACAAGGCAGUCAAGGAAGACGAGGGCACCGACGAAGACGCAAAGACCAGCACGACCUUAGCAAAUGAAGAUGCUCCACUUGCUUCUACUGAGGGAGUCAAAGCUGAAUCUGGCGCUGCCCCUGUCGCGAAUGGACACACAGAUACCCAGGGCGAUACGGUAGUGCCGGAUGCACCUAAUGGAGCAGGUCCCUCGGCAGCGUCCGUGCUGGAAACCCAGCCAAUACAAUCCACAGGUGGCCAAUACGAUCGAGCUACAUCACAAGGACCUAUGCAACAUCAGGGGCAUCAGGAUGAGACUGGCUGGCUUCACAUUCGUGCGGUGAUCUCAAGCGCUGAAGCUGCCACGGUUAUUGGCAAAGGAGGAGAGAACGUUUCUCAGAUCCGUCGCUUUUCUGGUGCCAAGUGUACCGUGAGUGAUUAUUCUCGAGGUGCGGUAGAGAGGGUCCUGACUGUUAGUGGUUUGGUGGACGCAACAGCAAAGGCUUUCGGGCUUAUCAUACGGACUUUGAACAACGAGCCCCUUGAGGCUCCUUCUACCUCCCAGUCCAAGACGUAUCCGCUACGUCUGCUCGUUCCUCACAUCCUGAUCGGCUCUAUCAUCGGGAAAUCUGGCGUACGCAUUCGUGAGAUUCAGGAAGCAUCUGGCGCCCGUCUCAACGCAUCCGACUCGUGCUUGCCUCUCUCCACAGAACGAUCUCUCGUCGUUCUCGGUGUCGCAGAUGCUGUGCACAUUGCUACUUACUAUGUUGGACAGACGCUUGUGGAGCAGCUGACCGAGCGCUUCGGUGGCCCAGCAGCUUCGGCGUAUGCUACUCGAAGCGGAGGACCUGCUGGUGUCGUUCCCGGCGGUAUGCAAGUCGUCCCUUACGUGCCUCAGCCUGCUGGAGGCCAAUAUGGUCAUCCUGACAACUAUCGACGACACAACAAUCAGCCACAACGUACGCCUGCAAACCCUUAUGGCGUGCCAUAUCUUCAUGGUCAGCCACCCCAGCAACAGCCUCAAGCACCCGUCCACUAUGGCGGUUCUCCUCAGCAAGGUUAUGCGGGAGCUGGGCCACAUCAACCUCCACAGCACGGAGCCCAUCAACCAACCCAUAGCCAUGCCGGACCACCAGCGCAACCCGUUCAAGGCAUGGUGCCAGGUCAGCCAUUGACUCAGCAAAUCUUCAUUCCUAACGACAUGGUCGGCGCUAUCAUUGGGAAAGGUGGCGCGAAGAUCAACGAGAUCAGACAGCUCAGCGGCAGCGUGAUCAAGAUAAAUGAACCGCAGGAUAACAGCAAUGAGCGACUAGUCACUAUCACGGGAACCUCCGAGUGCAAUCAGAUGGCGCUUUAUAUGCUCUACUCGAGACUCGAGAGUGAAAAGCAUCGGAUCUAG